AUCCGGAACACUUGUUCACACUACACUAAAGUGGUGGACAGAACCCAUCCGAUAUGUGACGCUCCAUUCACGAGAUCGGCGCGGCGAAGCUUCGUUCCGUUACAGAAAUCGCGCCGAAAUCAACGUUCUUAUAUGUGAACAGAAGCUUUAUCCGGUAUAGCGUGAACACAGCCUAAACCAGACCACAAUCCUUUGCGUCCUGCAUGGCAAGAUGUAAUAUGUAAUUAGCUGUUAUAAAUUAUCAGACUCUAAUCUCGUUUACAACCCUCUCUCGCGCGCAGUUUCUACGAAUUGUUAUAAUCCGCUGCUAUUUUAGCUCCAUAGCUGAGGACUUGAAAUGGCGAGCCAGCUGACGGAUAGAGAGAUGGAUGAACUCCGUGACAAUUUUGGCUUGUACGAUACAGUUGGCGAUGGCAAAGUCGAGUCGUCGAACGUCGGCCAAGUUCUGCGAUCGUGCGGACUUAAUCCAACGAAAGCUGAAGUCGAAAAGGUAAUGAGAGAUCUUGACCCGAACGGGAACAAACGCAUUUCUUUCGAAGAGUUUGUUCCCGUAAUGAUGUCUUUUCGCUCUCGCAAGCAUAAAUACGGUCAGGAAUCGUUCAUCGACAGUUUGAAAGUUUUUGACAACGAUGGAUCAGGAACGAUAAGCUCGGGAGAACUUCGACAUGUGCUGACGAGUUUAGGAGAACGACUUCGUGACGAAGAUGUGGAUACCUUAAUUCAGGGCUUUGAGGACAACACGGGGCAAAUUAAUUACGAGGAUUUUGUAAAAAGUGUUAUGAAUGGUUGAGAACAGAUAUACAUAUGAACAUAAUUACAACGUGGCCGGUCGCACCCUUUACAUCAGGCAGUUGUUUUGACUGUAUUUUCCGCGUGUACUUUAAACUGUAGAGUUCACUUUCAGAUAAUCUUAGUAAACUAUAAGCACCUUAGAAAGUAGAGAGUUAAAAAUGUAAAACCUGACAUUAACAGUGGACGACUCGACUGCCCUGUGCUGCUAAACUACAAUCAUAUAUUUUGUUUAACAAAGCUUAUCAUUAAGGCUCAAGUGAUCGCUUUUAUCAGACAUGGAAAACUGCACGUGCAGUGGAGAAACACAAGUCUCUAUUCAGUCUGUUUGUAAAAAUGACCACAGCAAAAGUUGUUUUUAAAAGUGAAACAGAAACAAUCAUUUAAAUGCGAAAUGUCUUAGAGAUUUAGCUGUUUCACUUGUCUGGUUUUUUCUCAUUGUGCGUGAAUUUUAUACAGAAUAUUUAGUUUUAACGCUCCACCGCAUCUUGCUUCCUUGUCAACCGUAACAUAAGCCAAAUUUUUGCGUUUUUUCUUAUCUUAAUAAUUCAAAAAUCAGCGAAAAACCGCUGUUGAUUAAUUCUCCUAACUGGAUCAUUGCAACCGCCAGAUUGUUUCACGACUGAGUCUAAGCAACGUUUUCAGUUAAAAUACAAACAUAAAAUGCAAAUUAUGUUCGGCAAGAGGUCUCGCUUCCCACGUCAACAGGAGUCCAUAAGUAUUGUUUGUCCAAUCAAUUCAUUAUGUUUGCGUGUGAAUUUGCAUAAACAAUUUCUUGUUAGUCUGGAGGGCAGAAUAAAAUAAUUUGACAAUUUUGAGGACAAUUUGUUGUAGAUAAAUUUAUUUUCGAAGGCAGGAGGAGAAAAUAAAUACAUAGACAUGCAAUGGGACGCUUUUUCGCAAACCGCUUUUCGGUAAUUAAUACAGUCACGUGAGGUGAAAGAUAGGACGGAUGUUAUUAUUAUUUUUUCUGUAAGAGGAAUAUUCUUUAUUGCGUCAAUCUUCUGGGCUUGACUGUUAGCCAUAUCGAUGUUAAGCUUGUCACUUUUGGAGGAUUUGUUUUCCGAUAUUAUAAUUUUAUCGAACAGGGUUGAAUUGGAGGAAGAACUCGUGCCACAAAGGACCUGUUAUGGUCAUUACGGGGUCAUGGCAUCUCGCGGCCCUAGCCCGACGUUUCGUGUUAGAUAAGGCACAAAAAAAUGGAAGAUUUAAGGCAAAGGCGAUAGGAUCUCUCUUUCUAUUCCACGAAGAUUUUGAGAUAAAUGACUCUCGCCGAAGAGAUGAGAUUGCAUUGUGUGUGUGAAUGAACAGAAAAUGAAGGAAGUGAGCGCUGCCAGAUCGUUCAUUUUCUGUGAACUUUACUACGCACACAAAUCGUAACACGC